AUGUAUCAUCGCCUGUGUACAAGGUUUGAUAAAUUGAGAGGCCAUUUACCCGAUGACUUAAACAGCACUACAGUUAAUGAUUUUGAUAAAUUAGGGGAUAUUAAGAAUUAUUGUUCUAAUGAAGGUUCCGGGGAAACAGAAUGUAAGACUGAGCUCGAUAAGAUAAAUGCUGCAUGCCUAUGGUUGCUCGAGCAAAUUAUUAUUAUUAAUAUUGACAAAUUAAGUAAUGAUGAGUCUAAAAGGUUUAUUAUUUAUAUUAUUAUAUGGUUAAAUUUUAAAUUAAGUCAAAAAUCAUAUGAAGAAAUCACCACAUUUAAUGAUUUUUAUACUAAACAUAUAGAAAAUAAUACGCAUUAUAAUAAUUGUAAAAAAAAAAAAAAUAAUAAUUAUGAUGAUUGUAGUAAUAAAUUAGAAGAAAAAACGGGAUAUAAGAAUUUUAAGGAGUUCAUAGAAAAAAACGAAUAUUUAAUGAAUAUUAAUACUAUGUCUAAAUUUUAUGAUGCAUUUAAAUCAUUAUGUAACGUGUAUACUGAACUUGAUGCAAGCAAUCCAGAUUGCAAGAAUUAUUUAGAUAAAGCUCAAGAAUUUUUUGAACAAUAUAAAGAACUUAAUGACGAUUCUAGCAUUAGUGGAGACAGUCCAUAUAAACAAAUAUUGUCUAAUUUAUCAACUGAUUAUAACAAUUUUAAAAGUUAUUGUAGUGAUAAUAAUGUUGAUUGUAAUGAGAUUCCAGACCUUUCAUCGAUAAAAACAACAAAACCUCCUGUACAAAGUUCUGAAAAUCAUCCUGAACAAGUUUCUGAUGUUACACCAUCAAGUUCGUCGAUAACAAAGAAAUUAAUUAUAGUUUUAUCAAUAUUUGGUGCAAUAUCAAUUUGUUUGGGAAUUUCUUAUAAGUAUUCGUUAUUUGGAUUUCGGAAACGAGCUAAAAAACAUUUAAGAGAAAAGUUAAAAAAAUAA